UUUCUCUGUCUGUUUGACUUUGUUAAAGUUUUAUCCAAAUGAAGAAAUAAUUUAGUUUCAGCAGCAGCCGCAAAGGGAGUAGAAUACGUGUGCAAACUACUUAUAUUAAAACACCCCAACAGUAAAUUCAAUAAGGUUUCUCAGUUGUUCCUGAUUACACGUUGCACAGAAAAGUCGUGCACGUGCGCGUGUGCGUGCGUCAGCGUCGGAUAAGAGAGGUGAAGCAUCGCAGGAGGUGUCAGGCUCACCAUGCAGGGCUGCCAGCUGCUCCUCUGCGCCUCAGACCCGGAGAAGCUCCGCCGCUCAUGUGUCUGCUCAGAGUCACAGUAAGCGGACCAUGCGGCUGUUCAGCGUCUCCACUCUGCUCCUCUUCUUCUCCAGCUCAGGGCUGGCUCUGCAGAUUCAGUGUUACCAGUGUGAGGAGAUGACACACGACUGCUCCACACCAGAGUUCAUCGUCAACUGCACCGUGAACGUGCAGGACAUGUGCCAGAAGGAGGUUCUGGUGAAAGAUGACGGGAUACACUACCGUAAAUCCUGCGCCUCUUCAGGAGCCUGUCUCAUCGCCUCCUCUGGGUACCAGCAGUUCUGCACCGGUAAACUCAACUCAGUGUGCAUCACCUGCUGCAACACGCCGCUGUGCAACGGACCACGCCAGAAGAAACGACCACAGCCGUCUGCAGCCAUGACCCUGAGCACAUCGCGGCUGCACGUGCUUCUCCUCCUCCUGUCGUCCGUCCUGUGCUGACAGGCCUUCAUGCACUGACAUAAAAUGUGAAUAACAACAUGGAACUUUAUCAGCUGGGACAAUGAAGACUUUGACAUGCAUACUCUUCACGGCGUGUGGAAACUCUGUACCGUAUUUGUUCGUUUGACUCCCUGGAUUUAUGUCACAGCUCGCUUCCAAAGCUCAUGAGGUAAAAAUAAAUAUUGUCAGCACAUACGUGGAAACUCUUAUCAGCAUGUCUCCUUCACAAAUAUGAUCUUCUCAGAGCUACAAAGGUGGCUGAGUAAGGUGAUGUGGAGGACAGUGCGAUGGAUGAAACAGCUUCUGGCUGUUUUGCUGGGCAGCAGGUGGCUCGAUCUCAUGUGUUUGUUUACUCACACUACAAGAACAAAACAAAUUGUUCUUCAAAAUAAAUGGCUCUAAACUGGAACAGUCAUCACAUUUGCCGUAAUUAUUAUGUAAAAAGAGAAUGUAUGAUGUGUUUGAUAAUGAUGCUGUUUAACGAUUGUGGAGGGUAUCGUGCCGUAGGGGGGACGAAAAGGUGUCUGAAGAAGAACUCAAGCCUGUUUUGUGCUUGAAAAUAUGACGUUGAAGGUUCCCAUGCAGCCUUUCUCUCUCUGGACCCUCUCGUAGUCUUUUAUCUGUUUGAUGCUCUUAAAGUCGGGUAAUGUAAUAUGUAGAGGAAGUCUGCUUUCUGUGGCAGGAAGACAAACAGAGGUUGAAGAACAGGGGUACCACUGGAAAGGAAAAACUUCCUUUUAGGCCUUUAGUGUCCGCUAACGCCUUUUCUUUUUCUCGCUGGUAGCACUCAUGAUCUCUGUUUCAGAGCGCUUCUCACCACCGUUUAUGGUUACGAAAGUUGACCCACACUUCCCUCUGUAUUUAGCGUUAGGUUGGUUUUAGAAAGCUCUGUGUGCUUAAUUUUUUACUUUUAUUCAAGGACCAUCAAGAAAACAUGACAACAAUGUUAACGUAUCGUAUCCUGGCAUGAACAGGAGCUCUAUACCAUGAAACUGUACCCUCAAACAGACGAGUCAGAUUAGUGUCUCCUACACCAUUGUUUUUGACAAAGCUGAUUUAUCUUCUUGAUUUUUAUUGGUCCACACACUGGAAGCUUCUGGAAAGUCGUAAAGUUCUGUUUUUCAGUUGCCUACAAAUAUUGUACAUAAAGCUAUGAGCAUGCAGAUUUCUACAAACAUGAUACAAACUUUGGACCACAUGCUACUGCAUCUAAAAUGACUGAAGGUGGAUCAGUAUAAAGCAUCACAUAUGAACAGGAAGUAUCUACAGCACCUACAUGUCGGUGUGUCGGUGUAUGUGCAUCUUUUGGUUGUUUCACCCAAAGGUCAGUUUGGGAAGAGAAGGAAGUUUCUGAGGUAGUCCUUUAAAGGUUUACUACACGACACUCGGAGCAGAUUUUCAGACCAAAACAAAUGCCCCCCUCCACCUCCUGUCUCCACACUCUCCUCACCCGUCUGUCAGGUGUCAUUAUUUCUGUAAGGCAGAGAGAGCAGCAGACGAGAGCUAAUAAACAUCUGAACACAGA